AUGGAGCGGCUGAAAUCGAAGCGGACGUUGAGACGAUCUCUCAACACAAGAAUUAUCAACGAGGCAAGAGCUCUUCUCGGCGAUGCUACAGCCACCAUAGAUCAGCUCAACACCAUUUACGGACGUCUUAAGGCGAACAACGAUGAGCUGAACCAAAUCAACCAGGAGCUAGAGAGCCACAUAGCGGAUGAAGAGUUUGAGCAAGCGUACAACACCGUCGUUGAAUACGAGGACAACGCUACCAGCGUCAUGAGUGAGCUGCUUAGCAAGCGCGACCGCAUGGUUGCGGCCAUGUCAUCAACACCGGAGCUUCAGACUUCGUCAGUAGCCAGUACCGCUGGAGCCUCUGGUACCAAGCUACCCAAGCUUACCAUCGCCCCAUUUGCUGGUGAUCUGUGUCGGUGGAGCGACUUCUGGGAACAAUUUGACCAGAUGAUUCACCGGAACGGAAGCCUCACUGCGACGGACAAGUUCAACUACCUGAGGUUUUUCCUAAGAGGCGACGCAGCUUCAGCUAUUGUGGGCCUGCCAACCACGGAAGCUUGCCACAAGGACGCAAUCGACAUACUCAAGAGACGCUUCGGAGACAAAACGAGACUCGAACAGAAUUUCCCUUUCUUCAGGCUAUCUGAGUUGGUCGUCCAUUUCCGUAGUGUCAUUCCUGCUUGCUGCAUAAUCUCCUUGGCUUCUCGGCAGAUUUGA